GGAUCAUACCAACUCUUGUGUACCGAUGUGACAAGUGGCGAAAACACUGAUUACCUUAAAGCAUCAGUUUUUCUAUCGAGUGGCUUAUUUCCUGAGAGUUUUAUAUUUCUCGUAAACGUUAAACAAACGCGAAAAUGACCGUUAAAAUCGUCGUAAAAUGUACAUUCCUCCCGCAGUCACCGAAUAAUACUGGCGGUCCAUUAGUGGCAGUUCUCUUUCACUGUCGGAUUACAGCCGAGGCUGUACGUAAAGAAUCUGUUACCGAGCCAUAAAACAGCGAAUAAAACCAGUACUCUCCAUUCAGCAAGGUGAAUAGAGAAGGCAUCUUUGCAAUAGAGAAAUGGAUCAGUCUGGCCCAAACCAUCAGCAAAAAGUAGCCCCCCAAAAUGCUGUACCAGUGGGGGCCUUCAGGCAGAGCAGUGUGCCCACUCUGGAGAGAGGCAUCACCAGUGGAGACAAUGUCCAGUUUGGGAGGCCGUGGCAGCGCACAUGUUUGCCCAAGUCAGAGAGCCAGAGCUCUGGGGCUGAAGAGGAGCGGUUGAGUUCCUCUAUGGAGGCAAGCAACCCCUACGGUAAAAGCCCCGUCCUUCAGAGCAUGCAUGCAGAGGGAGUCUGGUACAACCGCAGUGCCUAUGAGCAGGCCGAAAGCAACUACCAGCGCUGGUUUGCUUCCGAUGGCAGUCCACUGCUGUCGAUCUCUCCUAGGAGCCCAAACACCAGAGGCUCCUUAACCUUCCAUUCUAGAGCCACUCGCAAUGAGCAGCAAGAUCAGGGGUACCCUGUCAGCACCGUGAAGUCCUCUGGCACCCGCCAUCCUCAGUACAGUAGAAACAGGAAUCGCACCACCUCCGAGACUGAUCAAAGGGCCAAAGGCAGCAGGGGGCUGGCCCAGAGGAAGAGAGGCCUCUCAGAGACAGAAAGCAGGCCCAGAUGGGACAAGUAUGACACCUCUCACACAGAGAAUGGGGCAGAUGUGUGCAUCCAGUGUUUAACCAUAAUAUUUUUAUUUGUCUGACUGCAUUUUUGUUUGGCUUUUGUCUACUGUGCUAACUUAUGUAUUUGUAAUAUUUUUCAUAUGCAGGGUCACAGAAAUUGGAUUUUUUUUUCUUU